UGCAGCGACCUGUCUCUUUAAAUUGGUGUCAAAGCCGAUUAGCGCUGAUCUCCGCCGUGAUUCUGUUUUCACCGUCUGUUCCUUCGGUCUAUUUCUGUUUCUGCGCUGCUGCCGGGACUACAAGCGCUCGCGUUUUUGUUUUGUUUGUUUUUUACAGGCGCGUGGAGAAACAUCAGCGUCGCGAGCGCUUUGGUAACUCCUCGCCAAAGUUUGGAUCAUGGAGGCGUCGUGAAGUGUCUCCCGCGGUUCUGCUCGGUGCGGAAGCCGACUUUGGAGCUCCGGUCUGGGCUGGUGAGUGAUGUGCGCCUCGCCGCGGACUCUCCAACUUUCCCUACCAUGAUAAACCCAGAUUACCUCCCUCUGCUGACGCGCGCGCCCACCGCUUUUUCUCUGCUCGUAGCGGCGCCGACACACCACCGGGAGCGGUGAUGUGACGCCUCGGGUUGCUGACUGAAAGUUGAGAUUACAAACCUCCCCAGGUGGACAUAAAAUGCAGAAGGGCGUGCGGUACAAUGAGGGCCACGCGCUCUAUCUGUCGGUGGUGGCGCGUAAAGAGGGCUCGCGGCGCGGGUUCCUGAGCAAGAAGACCACGGAGAACAGCCGCUGGACCGAGAAGUACUUCGCGCUUUACCAGAAUGUGCUCUUCUACUUCGAGAACGACCAGAGCACGAGGCCAUCCGGGAUUUACCUGCUGGAGGGAUGCACGUGCGAGCGGGCACCUGCACCCAAAGUGUCCGCCAUCAGCAAGGAGCCCAUGGAGAAACAGCAGCAUUACUUCCUGGUGAUUUUUGGCCACGAUGGUCAGAAACCUUUGGAGCUGCGGACGGAGGAAGAGUCGGACUGCAACGAGUGGGUGGAGUGCAUCCAGCAGGCCAGUUACUCUGACAUCAUCAUCGAGCGUGAGAUCCUGAUGCAGAAGUACAUCCACCUGGUCCAGAUCAUGGAGACGGAGAAGAUCGCAGCCAAUCAGCUCCGCACCCAGCUGGAGGACCAGGACACCGAGAUCGAGAGGCUCAAAGCUGAGAUCGUUGUGUUGAACAAAGCCAAGGAGAGGAUGCGACCGUACCAGAACAACCAAGAGGAGGAAGACCCAGAUAUUAAAAAGAUCAAGAAGGUGCAGAGCUUCAUGCGCGGCUGGCUGUGCCGCAGGAAGUGGAAGAUCAUCGUCCAGGACUACAUCUGUUCCCCUCACGCUGAGAGCAUGAGGAAGAGGAACCAGAUCGUCUUCAACAUGGUGGAGGCAGAGACGGAGUACGUCCACCAGCUCUCCAUCCUGGUCAACUGCUUCCUGCGGCCGCUCCGCAUGGCCGCCAGCUCCAAGAAACCUCCCAUCAGCCACGAUGACGUCAGCAGCAUAUUCCUCAACAGCGAAACCAUCAUGUUUCUGCACGAAAUCUUCCAUCAAGGUCUGAAAGCCCGGAUCGCCAACUGGCCCACGCUGGUGCUGGCGGACCUGUUUGACAUCCUGCUGCCGAUGCUGAACAUCUACCAGGAGUUUGUGCGAAACCACCAGUACAGUCUGCAGGUUCUGGCCAACUGUAAGCAGAACAGAGACUUUGACAAGCUGCUCAAACAGUACGAGUCCAACGCUGCGUGUGAGGGACGCAUGCUGGAGACGUUCCUCACUUAUCCCAUGUUCCAGAUUCCUCGAUACAUCAUCACUCUGCACGAGCUGCUGGCUCACACGCCUCAUGAACACGUGGAGCGCAAGAGUCUGGAGUUUGCCAAAUCCAAACUGGAGGAGCUGUCCAAGAUGAUGCACGACGAAGUGAGCGACACCGAGAACAUCAGGAAGAACCUGGCCAUCGAGAGGAUGAUCGUCGAGGGCUGCGACAUCCUGUUAGACACCAGUCAGACCUUCGUCAGACAAGGCUCUCUCAUCCAGCUGCCGUCCAGCAGCGAGCGGGGGGUGCUCAGCAAGGUCCGCCUGGGCUCGCUCUCACUGAGGAAGGAAGGAGAGCGACAGUGUUUCCUGUUCACCAAACACUUCCUCAUCUGCACGCGAACAUCUGGAGGAAAACUGCACCUGCUGAAGCAAGGAGGAACAUUAUCUCUGAUAGAGUGCACUCUCAUCGAAGAACUAGACGCCAGUGACGAGGACUACAACGCAGCCGGUCAAGGCUUCAACCACCUGGAGUUCAAGAUUGUGGUGGAGCCUCCGGAUGGUCAGUCCUUCUCCGUCGUCCUCUUGGCUCCUUCUCGCCAAGAAAAGGCCGCCUGGACCAGCGACAUCAGCCAGUGCAUUGAUAAUAUCCGCUGCAACGGCCUGAUGACCAGCGUGUUCGAGGAAAACUCCAAAGUUUCUGUGCCGCACAUGAUCAAAUCUGACGCCCGACUGCACAAAGACGAUGUGGACAUUUGCUUCAGCAAGACGCUCAACUCCUGCAAGGUCCCUCAGAUCCGAUACGCCAGCGUGGAGCGGCUCCUGGAGCGACUGACAGACCUGCGGUUCCUGUCCAUCGACUUCCUCAACACCUUCCUCCACACGUACCGGAUCUUCACCACGGCGGCCGUUGUCAUCGACAAGCUGGCCGACAUCUACAAGAAGCCGUUUACCUCCAUACCUGUCAGGGUCGAGCAACUUUCAUGUGACCGUCUGUCCAUCAUGUCCCUCUGUCCUGACUACAGUCUGAAGAUCACACAGCUCGCGCUCGACCAGUCCAAGUCUCUGGAGCUCUUCUUCGCCACCAACCAGGGCUCGUGGGGGACGGACCCCCUGAACAACAAAUCUCCGAGGCUGUGCCGCAAGUUCUCCUCCCCUCCUCCUCUCACCAUCCCCUCCCGCACCUCCUCCCCCGUCCACAGCCGAAAGCUCUCCCUCAGCUCCCCCGUCGGCGGCAAAGCUGCGGCCCUGGAUCUGUCCGCCACCCCCACCUCCUCCGCCGCCAACUCCCCCACCUCCAGCCACAGCCCCUCCAUCUCCUCUCCUCCUCCCAACUCUACCAGGCCUCCCUCUGGCUUCUCCCCCCCUCCGCCCACCGCCACGCGCUCCCCCAGCCUCCCCCAGGCCUCCGGGAUGUCCUCGCCGCCCCCCAUCACCACCAAAGCCCCUCUGGACCUGAGCCGCGGCCCCAGCUCCCCAGAGCUGAGCCCAGCUGCGGGGGAGGACGUCAGCGGGGAGCUGCCUCGCAUCGACGCCUUCUGCGGGAAGCUGAGGCGCAGCAUCCGCAGGGCUGUUCUGGAGUCAGUUUCUCUGGACAAGUUUCUCCCUGAGUCCCCGUCCAGCAGCGAGCCGGGCGACAUGUCUCCCUGCCGCUCACCUUCAACGCCGAGGCAUCUCCGCUACAGACAGUCAGGAGUCACAUCGGGGGAAAAUUCGCGCUGCACGAUGUCGCCGGCUUCAGCAUUUGCGAUUGCCACCGCAGCUGCCGGGCACAGCAGCUCCCAGGGUUUUAAUAAUUCUGAGAAAGUCUGCGACAAAGAGUUCAUCAUCCGGAGAGCUGCGACCAACCGAGUCCUCAACGUGCUGCGACACUGGGUCUCCAAACACUCCCAGGACUUCGAGAUGAACAGUGAGCUGAAGAUGGGGGUCAUCGGUCUGCUGGAGGAGGUGCUACGAGAUCCAGACCUGCUGCCUCAGGAGAGGAAAGCUACAUCAAACAUUUUAAGUGCCCUUUCUCAAGAAGAACAAGACGACGCUCAGCUGAAGAUCGAGGACAUUUUACAGAUGGCGGAGAGUCCGAAGGCCGAGUGUUUCGAGUCUCUGUCGGCCAUGGAGCUGGCCGAACAGAUCACGCUGCUCGAUCACAUCGUGUUCAGGAGCAUCCCCUACGAGGAGUUCCUGGGUCAGGGCUGGAUGAAGGUGGAUAAGACCGAGAGGACUCCGUACAUCAUGAAGACCAGCCAGCAUUUUAACGACAUGAGUAACCUGGUGGCGUCUCAGAUCAUGACCCACACGGACGUGGGCUCCAGGGCCAGCUCCAUAGAGAAGUGGCUGGCGGUGGCCGAUAUCUGCCGCUGCCUCAACAACUACAACGGCGUGCUGGAGAUCACCUCGGCGCUCAACCGCAGCGCCAUCUACAGGCUGAAGAAGACCUGGGCUAAAGUCUGCAAACAGACGAAGGCGCUCAUGGACCGGCUGCAGAAGACGGUGUCAUCAGAGGGCAGAUUCAAGAAUCUCAGAGAGACGCUGAAAAACUGUAACCCUCCGUGCGUCCCGUACCUCGGCAUGUACCUCACUGACCUGGCGUUUAUCGAGGAGGGAACGCCCAACUUCACCGAGGAGGCCUUGGUUAACUUCUCCAAAAUGAGGAUGAUUUGUCAUAUUAUCCGGGAGAUUCGUCAGUUUCAGCAAGCACCUUACAGGAUAGAGCACCAACCCAAGGUGACUCAGUUCCUCCUGGAUAAGACAUUAGUGAUGGACGAAGACACCCUCUACGAGCUCUCACUGAAGAUCGAACCGCGAGUACCACCCGGUUAACUAUAUCUUCCUCUCACACACAAACAGUAUUUUCCGUGGUACUAUAGAGCGGUGAAGUAAUGAGUCCUAAAACGCGGAAGUCCGUUAGCAUUUUUGCUAGUCUGUGCUUGUUUUUUAUUUUAUUUCAUGGAUUUUCGGUAAAAUGCCUUAAAUAAGGUCUGUGGUUAACACAGGCCAAAGAUAUUUCUGUUAAAAUACAUCCGUAUAAACCCAGUUGUUGAACUUUGAAGGUUUUACGCGUCUUAAAAAAGGAGGUUGCUAACAAGUGGCUAAAUUGGACAACGGUGUUUGUCGGGGACGUUGGACGUCAUCACACCGGACACAGAAACUACUACUGAGACUAGCAUGACAUAGCCAUUAUCAUUAGCUAAAUCAGGUCACGCUAACAGGAGAGAGUUUGUAGAAAAUUAAGCGCUAAAUUAAACCAGAAGUUGAACGAUUCAGGGUGGUGACGUUUAAAUCGUGCGACCACGAUGUCAUUGGUUUAUAGCCAAACAACAGCUUUUCAUUUACGCUUCAAAACAGUGUUCAUCUGUGAACAUGAUCGUGCUUAACAAAACAGGAGAGUAUCAUAAACUUGUGUUCGUCACAGAGAUUAUUUUUGGCGAUAAUCGAAAAUCCCAUUCAAAAAUGCCAUAAGGUUUUUGACGAGGGAACCGGUGCGGUGCUAACUUCCCGGUCGGUCUAAUGAAAAAAACAUCAUCCCUUCACCGCUCUAUAUCGAUGGGGUUGUUUGAUCAAACUCCACCAGUUCUCGUGUUUAGGAAACUCAGGAGAAAACGUGCCUUGUUGUUUGAAUAUCUAAAUGUGUACAUUUCGUGAACAGAAUGAACUGUGUAACAAACACGACUCUGCCAUACAUUCGUACAGUUAUGACUGUAGAGACAAACAUGUCAGCUACUCAACGUGGCGCCAGAAAGUAACCAGCUGCUGCUAUCACUCUGUAAACAGCCUGCCUCCGUCGUCCUGCACGUAAACGCUGUCAGAUGAGUUUCAAUCAAGGCCGGAUUAACCUUUCGGGGGUCCCCGGGCGCACAAAUUAACUCUCUGUGCGGUAAAAACCAAAAUUAAUUGCCAUUACAGGAACUCGGGGUAAAUCUGAGGAGGCGGGAACAUUUAAAAGAGCUGCCUCCAAGUCGGUCGUCUCAGACUUUGUGUCUCCAUCACAGUGUAGGUCCCUGAUAGGACCCGCUGGAGUUUACAUAAUCAUUCGGCUUCUUCAUUUACUUCGUCGUCUUUUUUGUUGUCGUCUUCUUUGUCUUUGUCUUUUUCUUUCCCGUUUUUGUCUUCUUUGGCGUUUGUAGACUUCGUCUUCGUUGUUGUUGUCGGUUUCCUUCAUCGUUCAUCCUCUGUAUUUGUCAUCGUCUUUGUAGUCUUCUUUGUCAUCUUCUUCUUAGCUGUCGUCUUCAUUGUCGUCUUCUCUUCUUCAAUGUUUUUGGCGUUGUUUGUAGUUGUCUAUUACGUAGUCUUCUUUGUCGUCUUCUUCCUUGUUGUUGCCUUCUUGGUCUUUGUCUUUUUCCUUGUCUUUGUCUUCUCCAUCUUGGCCGUUUCUUGUCUUCUUUGACGUCGGCUGCGUUGUUAUUUGAAGUCUUCGUAGUCUUCUUUGUUGUUUCCUUUAUCGUUCAUCCUCUUUGUCUGUAAUCGUCUUCGUAGUCUUUGCAGUCUUUAUAGUCUUCGUGGUCUUCUUUGUCAUCUUCGUCGUUUUCGUUGUUGUCACCUUCUGACGUCACAUGAAGGCAGCGUUAAAAACUGUUUUGUUGACACAUUCCACCCGGCAGUUUUUUAGAGCCACGCUGAAGUCCCUGUCCCGAGGCAGGGACUCGUUUUGCCCCUGUAGAAGUUCUCAAAUCGUCCUACAGGGACGGUUCCUGCGGUGGAGACACGUAAAACUCCCCUGAGUUCCUGCGGUGGAAACAAACCAAUAGUGGCCAAAGCGUGUAACUACGACUUCCGGGUCUAAAAGAGUUCUUCCGUAGACUGACACUGGAAAAAUACGUCUGCAAAUCUGUGGAUAAUAUUUUCUUUUUAUCACAACCCCUGCGAAAUGACUUGACUCAUGAUUUGAUUUAUUCUGUCCAGAAAAGCUGCACGAUUAAAUCAUAAAUUAAUAAUUCAUCAUUUAAUAAGUAAUUUUGUACCUGGACUUUGAACUUUUUGGCCUUCAAGCACCACUGAACGACAUCAAAACAAGAGAUCGGACAGUCGAGUAUUUUAAAGAUCCAAUCACGUCAGUUGAUUUUCCACUUUAGUCGUGCAUUUUCCGCACAGUGAAUCUGAAGCGUUUCGGGCCCCUGGGGGACGUACGGCUCUGGGUAAUAUGCCCACUUUGCCCGGUUGGUAGUCCAGCCUUCUGUUUGAUGUGUGCAUGUCAACAUACAUGAGUUAUAAAAGUAUUUUAUCUACCUUUACACUCACCGACUCACCUGUUUGAUGGUGUUGCUCACAGGAACAUUUUUAUAUCUUUACUCAUCUGAUAACACAAAAAGUUUAUGUUGCUGCAGCUGUUUUGCAUUUGCAUGUUAACAGCAAAAAUCUUAACACACAUUCAUAAUCUGAAAAUGUAGUCAACUUCAAACAAUUCAAUCUUUAGUGACAAUCAAAAGCGUUUUCGCGACAAAUCGCGUCUUCUCAGUUUUGUAAUAAUAGUGUUUUGUACAAAAAAAGUUCAUUUCUGCUCUGGCCUAAAACGUUUCUUACACAACAAAAAGCCCUGCAGUUACAUUUCUUUUACAUGUAUCGCUAUUAUUAUUAUUAUUAUUAUUAGUUCCUUGUCAAUGUGAUCUUUUAAUCAUAUUUAUAUUUUAAACCUUGUUGACUGUAUUAGUAAAAUAGUAAUAUCUUUGCACUAUUGAUUUGUAAAGAAUGUCAAUAGCAUCUAAAGUUAUUUAUAGCAUGAAUAUAGCAUGAUGUCCCCUCUGUCCCUGAGAUUAUCAUUAUAGUUGACUGUUACUGAGUUUUAUGAGGUUUAUUUGUUUAUUUUGGUCAUUCCCGAUGUCAGGAAUCUUCAAACGCUCUAAAUGCAUUAGUCUAUAAGACCUUCGCUUUCUUACAUUACUGUAAACUUUGAAUUUCCAGCUUUGCUGUUGUAUUUUUCCAUGCAUUUCUCUGUGUGAUGUACAGAUAUUUACACACAAUAAAAGCAAAAUAAUGUGAAUUAUAAUACAGCAGUUUUCAUGGCUGUUUGAGGAAAAUACGUCUGAGAGCGACCUGAGAGCUUCACGCAGUCCAACUUAAGAAAACAAGAAAAACUAUUAAAUAUAGAAACGCACAAAUUCACUAAAUACAGAAACACAUUUCAAAAG